AUGACUAAUGUUGUUGAGUUAUUAGUAACAUUUAAUGAUGUUGAUGUUGAUGAUAUUGAAGGAUUAUUAGUAAUAUUAUUAAUAGAUGAAGUGGUUAUAUUUAGAUCGAUUUUAGGAUUGACUGGGUUGAUAGCUUGCGUUGCUGUUGCAAGACCAAGAUCUUUAGUAGAAACUAUUUUUUGUGUCGUAGUUGCUAGAUUUUCAUUACAUUGUGAGGCUAAGUUUUUAUUACGUGGUUGA